CUUUCAUUUACUAAAGAGUAACUAUUACCCGCGAAAAACGAUUACUAACUGGAAAAUGAUGUUGACAGACGAUAAAGACUUAACAAAAUUAAUAGCCACACGUAAGUCGGUACGAGUGAAGUUUGUCAAUGAUGAAGACAUCGUCCAACAUAUUGUACACCUGAAAGAAAGAAAGAGAGGUGGCCUUCCACAUAUGGAGCGUACAGUCUCCAGCGGAGCCAAAAGACAAGCUGUUAUGAUUAAUGACCAAGAAGUUGUACUUGGAAGUAGUGAUGAGGAAGAUGAAGUUUAUAAAUCCUCAAGAGCUUUGAUGGUGAAUGAUGGAGAUGCUGGUGGUAAAGAUUUGUUUACUUUUCGAACACCUAAGAAAUCAAAUUCAAUGACUCAAAAAGCACUUGAAUCAAAAACACCAACCACUCCAAAAUCUAAGAAUUCUGUGCAAGAAUGUAACAGACAACAUACAGGCCUUCAAUCAAGAUCUCCAAAUACUCCAAAAUCUAGGAAGCCAUUAUCUGAAUCCAAUAGACAAGAAACAGAUAGUCUUGCUAUGACCUUACGGAAGAAAUCACACAAAAGACCAGAAACCACUACACCAUAUCGGCUCCGUAAAAGAAAUGAUAUUGCUUACAAUGAUGAAUCCUCCAGUGACAGUUUAUGUUCUUCCAGUGAUGAAAGUGACUCAAGCUUUGAACCCCAACAAAAGGUCCUUUCAAACACUGCUGAUUUAACUAUCAAGGAGUCUAAGGAUUCCUCUAAAAUUAAGCCAACUUCUAAAGCUAACACAAAAAUUUCCACUCCAAGUGCUUCCAAAAAAAUGUCUGAGGAAGAUAUGCCAUCUAUUGUAGAACAGUAUUUUGAAGUACAUUCUACAAAAGGACUUACAUCAGACCGAACACUGUCUCGACUGGAUAUGCCACGAAUUGAUUUAGACGAUUUACAGAAACUUCUAAAAAAUGUCUCGGGAAACCAUUGCAAGGAGUACAAACAGCUUUUUAACAAAUAUUCUGAAUAUUUUGACAAAUGGUUAUUUUUACUCAGUUAUGGAUUCAAUAUUAUGGUAUAUGGAUUUGGUUCCAAGAAAUCAUUAUUAGAAAAAUUCUUCUCUGAAAAACUCAAUGGAUAUGAUCAUGUUAUUGUCAAUGGCUUCUUCCCAAGUCUGUCAAUAAAACACAUUUUAGAUUCAAUAACAGAAGAGAUUCUUAAUGAAGAAGGAACAUUUAAAACCCUGUUGGACCAGUGUGAAUUUAUUAAGAAGUCUCUAGAAGAUGAUGACAGAGAUUUCUACCUGUUAAUCCAUAAUAUUGAUGGCAUCAUGUUACGUUCAGCUAAAGUCCAGAAUAUAUUUAGUUUCCUAUGUAAAAUUAAGCGUUUCCAUAUGGUCGCUUCUGUUGAUCACAUAAAUGCACCUUUAAUCUGGGACCAGAUGCGCUACAUCAAAUUCAAUUGGUUGUGGUGUGAUGUAACUACUUAUGAGCCUUACAUGGAGGAAACAGCCUAUGAAAAUUCCCUGAUGGUGCAACAAUCUGGACGUUUAGCACUGAGCUCCCUGUCACAUGUCAUGCAUAGUUUAACAUCAAAUGCUAAAGGGAUAUUCAUGCUUCUUGCUCGCUAUCAAAUGGAAAAUCAAGCCAGUGUUCAGAACUAUCAAGGAAUGUCUUUCCAUGACCUCUACCAGCGUUGCCGAGAAUCAUUUUUAGUAAACAAUGAUAUUGCUUUGCGAUCACAGUUGACAGAGUUCAGAGACCAUAAGCUGAUUAAAUCUAAGAAGGCUGCAGAUGGCAUAGAACAUCUCGUCAUCCAACUUGAUACAUCCACAUUGAAAGAUUAUUUUGAGACAGAAGAGGCAUCAUAAAAUUGGAUGGGGGCCAUCCAGUAAUUACUUUACAACUGAAGGUUAUUUGAAAUUUCCACUGUUGUUCAGAAAAAGAAUUAAAGAAUUUUGUAAGAUAGACCAUUUUAUUUAUAUAUCUAUUUUGAAAGAAUAAAGUGUAUUUUAAAAAUAAAA